AUACAAAUUAGAAUGUAUCGAUAACCACUAAACUAGAUAUUAGAGUGACCAUUAAAUAUAAUUUAGUUUUGUCCAUUUUAUGUGCGAGAUCUGGCAGCUGCGUCAGUGAGUCAGCUGCUUAUAGUUUUGCGAUUUCAUUGCAAUUAUUUUUUUUGCUAGCGCAUAUUUAUUAACUCGUUACAAACCCUCAAGCGCAUCAGAGAAAUGCCGAAGGAUAAUGCGCCCACAGCCAGUCCAGAUGAAAACAGUGAGCAUGAACUAAAGCGAAAGACUAAAGAAUUGGCAAACGCAUCGGCACAAAUGCUAGCAAGCGCCGUUGCCGGCUUAAAAAUAAAGGAGCCAGGGUCAACGGCAAACGCGGACAAUAAGGCCAAUGAGAAUGAGUCGGCAUCAGCAGCAGCAGUAGAACAGUCAACGUUGGCCAAAAAUGGCGGCAAUAUAUCGUCUGACUCUAGUAAACAAGCACUGCUGCAGGCAGUCAACGAUGCAGUGAACCUCACACGGCAACAGUCGAAGAAAUUUACAUUCUGGUCAACGCAGCCGGUGCCAAAGCUAAACGAACUGGUGACCACAAAUGAGUGCAUCGAGCCAAACAAAGAGAUUGGUGAAAUUCGCUCCGAGCCUUACACUUUGCCCAGCGGCUUUCUUUGGGUAACAAUAGAUGUGAACGAUCCCAACGACAAUAAGGAGCUCUAUACGCUGCUCAACGAGAACUAUGUUGAGGAUGAUGAUGCCAUGUUCCGUUUCGACUAUCAGCCAGACUUCUUGAAGUGGUCUUUGCAGCCACCUGGCUGGAAGCGUGACUGGCAUGUGGGCGUACGGGUCGAGAAGUCAGGCAAGCUAGUGGGCUUUAUUUCGGCCAUACCAAGCAAGCUGCGCUCGUACGACAAGGUGCUGAAAGUGGUGGACAUCAAUUUCCUUUGUGUGCACAAGAAGUUGCGCAGCAAACGCGUUGCCCCCGUGCUGAUACGUGAAAUAACACGUCGCGUCAAUUUGACCGGAAUAUUUCAGGCUGCCUAUACUGCGGGAGUUGUACUGCCAACGCCUGUAUCUACCUGUCGUUAUUGGCAUCGUUCGCUGAAUCCCAAGAAGCUGGUGGAUGUGCGUUUCUCCCAUUUGGCUCGCAACAUGACCAUGCAACGCACUGUGAAGUUGUACAAACUGCCUGACCAGCCCAAGACAAAGGGCUAUCGUCGUAUUACUUCUAAAGAUAUGGACAAAGCGCACAAACUACUGGAGGAGUAUCUGAAGCGUUUCUCCCUGUGUCCAGUGUUCACCAAGGAGGAGUUCCGUCAUUGGUUCACGCCGAAGGAGGGCAUCGUCGAUUGCUUUGUGGUGGCCGAUGAAAAGGGCAACAUUACCGAUUUGACCAGCUACUAUUGUCUGCCCUCGUCCGUGAUGCAUCAUGCCGUUCACAAGACUGUGCGCGCCGCGUACUCAUUCUACAAUGUGUCCACAAAGACACCUUGGCUGGAUCUGAUGAACGAUGCCCUGAUCUCUGCGCGUAACGUCCAAAUGGAUGUCUACAAUGCUCUCGAUCUAAUGGAGAAUAAGAAGUUCUUUGUGCCGCUUAAGUUUGGUGCCGGCGAUGGCAACUUGCAGUACUAUUUGUACAAUUGGCGCUGCCCAGCCAUGCAGCCCGAGGACAUUGCAUUGAUACUCAUGUAGGAAAUGUAGGAGGUCUACCAGUCAAAAAAUCCCGCAACAAAAACGACACGCUAAAAAAAUGAAAUGGAAAUUAAAAAUGAGAAGAAAAAACAAUAACAAAACCAAACUUGUUGACAUUCUCGCCGAAUUCACAUUUAUUUACGCGCAAGCCGCCUAUAUUGUCCCCAUCACCGCCCCGCAGUCUUGAAAGUUUAACUUUACUGAAUUAAGUAUGUACGCAAAAGUGAAGUGCAUUAACGCUCUGAUAUUUUGUAUCUUGUAAUUCCUCGUUUAACGACUUUUUUGAUUUUGUUUCCCAAACUUUUCCAAGUGUCACAUGGAAUGCAUUUUUCUAUUGCAAUUGCUAAGCUUGAAUACUAUUUAAAAAUGAAUAAAAUGAA